AGUGAGAUCGAAAGAGCAACAGGGUGCGUUCAUUCGUGACUCAAGUUAUGGGAUUGUUCGAAGGGGCCGCUCUUGGAGCUGUGCUUCAAGAAGGGCCAAAGCAGGUUAUAAGCAUGAUCUAUAAGGCUUUCAUGUUCAAGUCCACCCGCAGAGACCUUGGAUCCGCUUUGGAGCGCCAGAUUCCUUUGUCCAAACAACUUAAAGAGCGGAACACGAAUUUGGGCCGCCCAGAGGAAGAAAUACGUGCGUUUUUGGAUGAUCUUCAAAGGGCCCAAGGGAUCUUGGACGCCAACUCCAACAUCCCCUGGUGCCUGGUGGCAAUGUUGUUGCUUGCCCUGGAAACAGCUCAAGCUUCAGGAAGAGUUGGAGGCACUCACCAGGUCCAACGUUCUUUUGAUACCCAACCUUGUGAGUUCUGCGCAAGAAACGCUGUUGUUUGUGAGGGAAGGUGUUCACGGGAAACCGUUGAAGAACCGGUUCGAGCCUCCUCCCGAACCGGAUCAUGUGGUGGGACUGGGAUUGGCUAACCCUCUUUCCCUUUUUAAUAAGUUGAAGAGCCACUUGCUGGAAACGGCUACUUCCGUUAUUUUAUUCACCGGUCUGGCUGGGUAUGGGAAGACGACCUGGGCUACACUACUAUGUUCGGAUGUCCAAGUUAGAGAAAAAUUUGGGGAAAAUAUCUUGUUUCUCACCGUGUCCAAAUCUCCCAAUUUGAAAACAUUGGUACAGUCUCUGUUUCAACACUAUGGGUACGCUAUGCCUGAUCUUGACCUUGCUGAUGAUAGGCACUUCAUUUCGCACUUGAAAAAGUUACUGAAGGAGAUUGUGACAAGUCCGAUGAUGUUGGUCCUGGAUGAUGUUUGGCCUCAGUCACAAUCCCUCGUCGACGCAUUCAAGGUUCAACACUUGUCAGAUUAUAAAAUUUUGGUGACAUCUAGGUUUAAAAUUGCAGGAAUUGAACCUGUAUUCCGCAUGGAACCGCUUUGUCUUGAAGAUUCGGUUACCCUUUUGAGUCACUUGGCUCUCCCGAAUGAAGAACGUUCUAGUGAUCAUGGAGAAAAACUUGUUUUGAUUCGCGAGAUAGCAAGGGGUUGUUACGGUUCACCACUUGUACUUGAACUGGUUGGUGGAUCUCUGAAAAGAGAGCGUCUGAAUGUGUGGAGACAAAAGAAGAAGAAAUUGUCCAAGGGUCAUCCUAUUAUUAACUCUCAUAAUGAAUUGCAAAGCAUCUUAAAAUAUUUGGAUGAUUUAUUGGAAGAUAAGUCCAUCCUCAAAGAGUGCUUCAUGGACUUGGGUUUAUUUCCUGAAGACCAAAAGAUACCUGUUGCUGCUCUCAUCGACAUUUGGACAGAACAAAAUAAAUCUGAUGAUGAUGAUUUAGACCCAAGACCAAAAUUUAAAGAAGCUGACGCAGUCAAUAUUGUCUUUAACUUAAAGGACCGGCAUUUGACUGACCUUGUCAUGAAAAGGGAAGUUGCGACUGACCUCGAUGAUUAUUGCAACCACCAUUUCUUAAUGCAACAUGAUCUUAUUAGAGAGAUGAUUGAAGCCAGUCAAGGGCCAUAUAGAAAAAGGAAAAGGUUGGUGUUUGACAUGAAUGAAAAUAAUUGGUCUCAACAAAACCAGCAAAAUACCAUCGCGCACACAUUGUCCAUAUCAACUUGCAAAAUGGUGACUCCAGAAUUGGACAAUAUUGUAAAAGCUGAAGUACUUGAGGUUUUGGUCUUGAAUCUUCGUACUAAGAAGUACACCUUCCCAGAGAUCAUAAGAAAAAUGGUUGAACUGAAAGUUCUCAUAGUCACCAAUUAUGAUGAUUUAUACUGUUCUGAGUUAAACAAUUUUGAGCUACUUAAUUCUCUAUCUGGCCUGAAAAGAAUCAGAUUGGAACGAAUUUCAGUUACUACCCUUGGCAAAUGGCACAAGCUGCGAAAAUUGUCCCUUUACAAUUGUAAUCUGAAUAAAGUUUUUGAAAGUGACAACAUCCCAAUUUCAGUUAAAUUGCCAAGUCUAGUGGAACUGUGUAUUGAUUAUUGCAAAGAUUUAGUGAAACUGCCUGCUGAAUUAUGUCAUAUUACUUCUAUCAAGAAGCUUAGUAUCACUAGGUGCAUGGGUUUUAUAGCAUUGCCUCAAGACAUUGGAAACCUUGUGAACUUGAAAACUCUAAGACUUAGUUCUUGUGCUGUGUUUGAAGAGGUACCAACUUCAAUUGGAAAGCUUCUUCAGCUGCGUUUUCUUGAUAUAUCAGGUUGCGUAAGUCUUCGCAGUUUACCAGAAGAUAUUGGUGACUUACGUAAUUUGGAAAGGCUUCACAUGAUUGGUUGUAGCUCAUGCAAAAUGCCUUCGUUGGUUAUGAAACUUGAGAAUUUAAAGUAUGUUAGAUGUGAUGAAGAGACUGCUGAAAUUUGGAAAGCAGAUUUCAAGCCUAGCCUUCCCAAUCUAAACAUAGAGGAGGCUAACGAUCAUAACUUGUUCAUAUUUUAUGAUAAUAUAUGAUAUUUAAUUGGUAGACACCGUAAAGCUAUUUUACAUUGUUUGCACAUCAAAACUCUUCUAUAAGAGAAAAUAAGUGAUGUAUCGAGAGUAUAAAGUAAUUUUACACUAUCAUCUAAUUAUAUGUUAUCAUUUGUGAUAAAUUGUUGACUUUUGUAAUAAACAAGUAAAAAGUCAUAUUAUUGGGAAUAGUUUUACACUGUCAAUGUAUUACCAUUCAAUUCACUCAUAAUAAAUUUGAACUUAUUAUUAUA